GGAGGGAGGAUGGCGGCGGGGGACCCGGAGCAGGCGCGGUACUGCGGGCGGCUCUCCUACCUCUGCCUCAAGCUCACCCUCAUCACCUACUCCACCUUCUUCUGGCUCAUCGGAGCCCUCGUCCUCGCCGUGGGGAUUUAUGCAGAAAUCGAAAGACAAAAGUACAAAACUCUAGAAAGUGCCUUUCUAGCCCCAGCAAUUAUUUUAAUACUUUUGGGCGUUAUAAUGUUCCUGGUAUCCUUUGUGGGUGUGCUGGCUUCCUUAAGAGACAACUUAUGCCUUCUGCAAGCAUUCAUGUACAUCCUUGGGAUCUGCUUGCUGAUCGAGCUGACCGGUGGAGUGGUGGCCCUGAUCUUCAGAAACCAGACAAUCAAGUUUUUGAACGAUAACAUUAGAAGAGGAAUUGAGAAUUACUACGAUGAUUUAGACUUCAAGAACAUCAUGGAUUCUGUUCAAAAGCAGUUUAAGUGCUGUGGUGGGGAAGAUUACAAGGAUUGGUCCCAAAAUGCAUACCACAACUGUGGGGCGCCGGGCCCGCUGGCCUGUGGGGUGCCCUACACUUGCUGCAUCAGAAAUAAGACAGACAUUAUCAACACUAUGUGUGGAUACAAAACCAUUGACAAAGAGCGCUUGAGUGUUCAGAAUAUUAUCUACGUCCGAGGGUGCACGAAUGCAGUGCUUAUCUGGUUUUUGGACAACUACACCAUCAUGGCUGGAGUGCUGCUCGGCAUAUUGCUACCCCAGUUCCUGGGCGUGCUGCUGUCCCUGCUGUACAUCACCCGCGUGGAGGACAUCAUCACGGAGCACAAGCUGGGCGAGCGGCUGUUCGAGGACGCGCGGCACAGACCCGCGCCCGAGCUCGGCGGGGCCGGCUGCUGCAUGUGCUACCCGGGGUGACUGCGGGGACCCCGAGAGCAGUGAAAGCCGGGCGAGCCCUCCUGGUCUGGCAUGUGCUGCUGUCACAGACCGGCGGCGGUGCCACAGUGCCCUCGGUGUGUCUGCGCCCACAGACGCCCCAGAAGGGCCCCGCGCUGCCGCCGCCGCGGGAUCGCGGCGCUGCCGGAAGGUGGGUUUGUGGAUCAUUAAAUCUUCUUUUUGAGUGAUUGCUGAGUGAUACAAAGCCAGAGCAACUAUUCUGGGAAGAUCGGAACGACGAUUUCUGGGAAGUGUCUUCGCGUCUUGAGAUGUCGUAUUUAAAUGUGUGUCGUUUCCAGCCUUAUUUUCUUACUCCUUCCAAGAGAGAUUUCUUACCGAUCUACAUGGUGAUUAUUAAACAUACGUUUAAUAAACGUUUUUUGCUAAUCUUGAUGACUUUACUGACAAUAAUGGAUGUGAUGCUGAUCGCUUUCAUUGCUCAGUUUUCUGUGCCUUUUAAUAAUGGGGCAAAUGCCAACAUGGAAUUAGUCAGGAAAUGCUUGAUAUAUUUUUUUAACGCAAUUUAUUACUGUCUGGCUUUUGUAUAAACUUACAAGAUGUUUGAGUUUUGGAUAUAUCUUUCCUCUUUAGUAAAUUAACUAGGUGAUUUAUGACUUUCUGUUUUUUUGGAGUUCUGUGUGUCAAGAUGUUUCUAAAUUUUGUUGUCAAAAUAAAAGCAGUAAGUUGUUUUUCUUAAAAAA